UCCCAUUCCCAACUUCUAGAAAUUUCUCUUUUGGGAUAUAUAGAGCCAGGAAAGUCUGUCACAGUUACACUAUCCACCGGACACAGCUCAGAGAAGCGACCCUGCGAUAAUCUGUGCCAGAAUGAAAAUCGCAGAAAUGAAAACAUCUCAAGGCUGCUGCAGCUGCUUUUGGAGACAGACAGGAUGUGGAUGACUAACAUUGUAGCUCUUUGUCUGCUGGCCUUGGUGGCCUCUGCAGAGGAUGUGAAGUUGAGCAGUCACGCCACCACGCUGGCUGAUAAAAGCGCCAACUUGGCCUUCAGCCUCUACCACACCAUGGCAAAGGAGAAAGACACAGAGAACAUUAUCAUUUCUCCUGUGGUGGUGGCCUCCUCUCUGGGGCUCGUGGCUCUUGGUGGCAAAGCCUCCACUGCCUCCCAGGUGAAAACAGUCCUCAGUGCUGACAAACUCAAGGAUGAGCAUCUGCAUGCAGGCCUGUCAGAGCUCCUCUCUGAGGUGAGCAAUGCCAAGACGCGCAACACCACUUGGAAAAUCAACAACCGCCUCUACGGCCCCAGCUCAGUCUCCUUCGCUGAUGAGUUUGUGAAGAACAGCAAGAAGCACUACAACUACGACCACUCCAAAAUAAACUUCAGGGACAAGAGGAGCGCAGUGAACUCCAUCAAUGAGUGGGCGGCCAAGUCCACAGGUGGCAAGCUGCCCGAGGUCACCAAGGAUGUGCAAAACCCAGACGGAGCUAUGAUUGUCAACGCCAUGUUCUUCAAGCCUCACUGGGAGGAGAAAUUCCAUGAUAAAAUGGUCGACACCCGUGGUUUCCUGGUUACUCGCUCGUUUACUGUUGGAGUUCCCAUGAUGCACCGUACAGGUCUUUAUGAUUUCUAUGAGGACACAGAGAACAAACUCUUUGUGCUGAACAUGCCUCUGGGCCAGAAGCAGGCCUCCAUGAUCCUUAUCAUGCCCUAUCACCUGGAGCCCCUGGAACGUCUGGAGAAGCUCUUGACAAGGAAGCAGGUAGACACUUGGCUCAGCAAGAUGGAGAACAGAGCUGUAGCCAUCUCCCUCCCUAAGAUCUCUGUGGAAGUCAGCCACAACCUGCAGAAACACCUGGCUGAGCUGGGCCUGACAGAAGCUGUGGACAAAGCCAAGGCUGACCUGUCCAACAUCUCUGGAAAGAAGGACCUCUAUCUUUCCAGCGUCUUCCACGCAUCAGCCCUGGAGCUGGACAUUGAAGGAAACCCAUAUGACACGAGCAUCUUUGGUACCGAAAAGCUGAGGAACCCCAAACUCUUUUAUGUAGAUCACCCCUUCAUUUUCCUGGUGAAGGACAACAAGACCAACUCCAUCCUGUACAUCGGCAGAGUGGUUAAACCUAAAGGGGACAAAAUGCGCGAUGAGCUAUAAUGUUAAAGUUCUGAAUCGUGUUGGGUAGCUUUAUUAUUUGUGAAACCAUGGCAGGAAACUGUGUGUCUGCAUUUGUGUGUGAGUAUGUGCGUGUGUGUGUGUGGUUUUUGGUAUGAUUGUUACCUCAAUAGCACAUUCCAAUAGAUGAACUGUGGACUGAAUAGCUGAGCUUGGACACACUCAGAAUUCCCAGGGAAGAGUUGUGUUUAAAUGUCUCUGUCUAAAGAUCAUCCUGGAUUGAAUAAUCUAAAAAAAAACCCCAAAAACUAAAAAACACGCACGUGCCUUAUUUAAGACUUCCUCAAACAAAGAUCGGUCAGCGCAGCAGACAGCAUGCUUAUAUUAAGUAUGAUUUCUCAUUUGCAUCCAGUUUCUGCCUGUGCAUGUUCGGCUACAACCCAUGUGCGUCUUCUUGCAAUAUCUUUAAUGUUUAAAGAGAAAAAAAGAUCCACAAGCUGUUUAACAGUGCUGUCCCAUUCCUCCUCUCAUUUUGCCUCCGGGCUGCACUGAACUGUUCCUCUGCAAUGAGCUGAGCUUGCAGUGGAAAGGUGGCAAAAUGUCUGGUGCUAAAUUUAUAUUCACCACUUUCCAUGUCAUUUCCUUGCUGUAGGUAUUUUCCACAAAGAACCUGUUGGAACUGUGUGAUUUAUGUGAUUCAUGUGUUCAUUUUUCAAUAAAAUAAUUGAAGAGAAGA